UUUUGUUCACCCCCAACAAAAAAAAAAAAAAGAAAAAACAUCUUUUACAACGUUGAGAUCUUCUCCCUAUAUGCUUCCAGCUCCAAUUCACCGAAGCACAACUAUCUCUUGGCACCUUCUCCUGCAAAUCUCUUCCUCCCUUUUUCGUAAUUUCCCAGGUGCGCUCUUCAUUUCUUCUGGAUCACCAGUUCACCACUCCAACAGACUGAAUUAAGGAAGCUGGGUCUGAUCACUAAACAAGAUGAAAGAGAGUAUAGAUGGAACAAAAAUUGACAGAUUAUCAAAAUCUUUGUCUACCGACUCAUGCCCGCUUGUUCUAGACAUAGAUGACUUUAAGGGGGACUUUUCUUUUGAUGCAUUAUUUGGAAGCUUGGUGAAUGAACUCUUGCCUUCUUAUCAAGAUGAAGAAACAGCUUCAUCGGAAGGGCACAUCACCAUUUCUGGAAAUGAUUCAGUACCAAAUGGGAAUCUGCGGAUGCCACCUGAUGCAGGAAAAUCAGCACAUGGGCAACUAAAUGCCCUGUUUCCUGAAGUUGAUGCUUUACUAGAUCUAUUCAAGAAUUCUUGUACGCAAUUGAUUGAUCUCAGAAAAGAGAUUGAUGGUAAACUAAACAAUCUCAAGAAAGAAGUUGCAGUACAAGACUCAAAGCACCGGAAGACAAUUACUGAGCUAGAGAAGGGUGUGGAUGGCUUGUUUGAUAGCUUUGCGCGUCUGGAUUCUCGUAUAUCUAGUGUGGGUCAAACUGCUGCCAAAAUAGGAGAUCAUUUGCAGAGUGCAGAUGCGCAGCGUGAAAAUGCUAGUCAAACCAUAGACCUCAUUAAGUACCUGAUGGAAUUCAAUGGUAGUCCUGGAGAUCUGAUGGAACUUUCUCCUUUGUUCUCUGAUGAUAGUCGUGUUGCUGAGGCUGCUUCAAUUGCACAGAAAUUGAGAUCAUUUGCUGAGGAAGAUAUUGGAAGACAAAGUAUAACUGCCCCAUCAGUGGUUGGGAAUGCUACAGCAAGCAGAGGGUUGGAGGUUGCCGUUGCUAACCUCCAAGAAUACUGCAAUGAGUUGGAAAACAGAUUGCUAUCCCGAUUUGAUGCAGCAUCACAAAGGCGGGAGUUGUCUACGAUGGCAGAAUGUGCUAAAAUUUUGUCAAAGUUUAACAGGGGUACCAGCGCUAUGCAACACUAUGUGGGUUUACGUCCCAUGUUUGAUGUAGAGGUGAUGAAUGCAGAUGCUAAAUUGGUUCUUGGUGAUCAAGAGGCCCAACCUAGCCCUAGCAACAUUGCCCGUGGUCUUUCUACAGUCUAUAAAGAUAUCACAGACACUGUAAGAAAAGAAGCAGCCACUAUAAUGGCAGUAUUUCCCUCUUCAAAUGAUGUUAUGUCAAUACUGGUCCAGCGUGUUUUGGAGGAUCGAGUUCCAAAACUUCUAGAGAAAUUCUUGGUAAAACCAUCUCUUCUUAAUCCACCUCCUAUGGAAGAAGGUGGUCUUAUACUGUAUCUCAGGUUAUUGGCUGUGGCAUAUGAAAAGACACAGGAACUUGCUAGAGAUUUACGUGGUGUUGGGUGUGGUGACUUGGAUGUUGAAGGCCUGACAGAAUCUCUGUUCCUUCCCCACAAAGAUAGUUAUAUUGAGUGUGAGCAAGCCUCUCUCAGACAACUUUACAAAGCUAAGAUGGAGGAACUGCGUGCUGAAAGCCAGCAGUCUUCGGAGUCAUCUGGGACAAUUGGACGGUCAAAGGGUGCUUCAGUUGCAUCGUCUCUCCAGCAGAUUUCUGUUGCAGCAGUAACAGAGUUUGUGCGUUGGAAUGAAGAAGCAGUAUCUAGAUGCACCUUGUUUUCACCACAGCCUGCGAUGCUUGCUGCCAAUGUUAGAGCUGUUUUCACCUGCCUUCUAGAUCAAGUUAGUCUAUAUGUUACAGAAGGCCUUGAGAGAGCCAGGGAUAGCCUUACUGAAGCUGCAGCUUUAAGGGAAAGAUUUGUGUUGGGAACAAGUGUUAGUCGAAGGGUUGCUGCAGCAGCUGCUUCUGCUGCGGAAGCAGCAGCUGCUGCUGGUGAAAGCAGUUUCAAAUCUUUCAUGGUGGCUGUUCAACGUUGUGGAAGCAGCGUGGCUAUUGUUCAGCAAUUUUUUGCCAACUCUAUUUCCCGGCUUUUGUUACCUGUGGAUGGUGCCCAUGCUGCUUCAUGUGAAGAAAUGGCAAAGGCAAUGUCCAGUGCGGAAGGUGCUGCUUAUAAGGGGCUUCAACAAUGCAUUGAAACUGUUAUGGCUGAGGUGGAACGUUUGCUAUCAACAGAACAAAAGACAACAGAUUUUCGGUCACCUGAUGAUGGCAUUGGCCCAGAUCAUCGACCAACAACUGCCUGUACAAGAGUUGUUGCAUACCUAUCCCGAGUGCUUGAAUCUGCAUUUACUGGGCUUGAUGGGCUAAAUAAACAAGCUUUCCUCACUGAACUGGGCAAUCGCCUUCACAAAGGGUUGCUUAAUCAUUGGCAGAAGUUUACCUUCAAUCCUAGUGGAGGACUCCGCUUGAAGCGUGAUAUAACUGAGUAUGGAGAGUUUGUUCGUAGUUUCAAUGCCCCCUCAGUUGAUGAGAAAUUUGAAUUGCUGGGCAUCAUGGCAAAUGUCUUUAUUGUUGCUCCUGAAAGCCUUUCCUCUCUGUUUGAGGGAACCCCAAGUAUUAGGAAAGAUGCGCAGAGGUUCAUUGAGCUUCGGGAUGACUACAAAAGUGCAAAACUUGCAUCUAGAUUUAGCUCCUUGUUUGGCUAGAACUCGAUACUAAGCGAUAUGUGUGUAGAGGCAAUGUAACUCUAAAGACUGCUUCGGCUCACAAUGUUGUUAUGUUUGUACCUAGUACUGAAUGCAUUGGGCAUUUUGCAAGUGAUGAUUGGCUCACAAUGUUGUUAUGUUUGUACCUAGUACUGAAUGCAUUGGGCAUUUUGCAAGUGAUGAUUUGACAGUUUCUGUAAGUUGAGAGGAUUACAACAUUAGACAAAAGGAAGGUCGGUAUAUGAUUGUUUUUUAUUUUUCUGGAAA